ACGAUCUUCGACGCUUAACUGACUGGUCGGUCGACAUUUUCGGCACAGCGUCGUCAGUGCUGACGUGAAACUACGUGAGCGAAGACGAAGGCCGUCCACCCAUGCUGUAAUUAGUGACGAGUCAGACUACGUAAAACUUCGGUAAACCAACUAUGGAAACCCAAGUCUCGUCAGAUUUGUGCAACAGUUUAAACGACUUUGUGUCAGAUGGAGAGGAGAAACAAAGCAAAGCCAGUCCAUUGCCUGCAGAGUCUCCAGGUGGGACUGUUGUCCAGCUGUCUGAUGGUCAAACACAGCAGGUACAAGGUGUCAUCCAGGCCCCACAGAACUCUGUCAUACAAUCGCCACAGAUCGCCACGGUAGCCGAGCUGGUGGGUGACGACGUGUCGGUCACAGACACCCAGAAGAGACGAGAGCUUCUCUCCAGGCGCCCGUCUUACCGGAAAAUACUCAGCGAGCUUUCGUCAGAUACUACGGCGGUUUCUAAAAUCGAGGAAGAGAAGACGGAGGACGAGGAGGAGGAUGACGAGGAUGACGAGGAGGAAGUGCAGGUCUCUAGCGAGGCCUCAGUUUCAGUGCCGACCUCCAUCUACCAGACCAGCUCAGGACAGUACAUCACGUUUUCUCAGGGGAGAGCCAUCCAGCUGACCAGCCCUGGAGUUGAAGCCCUGACGGCCUCACACCCUGGAUCCACGAUCCUGCAGUGUGCAGCUCAGCCCGGAGACGCAACACAGCAGUUCUACAUCCAGGGAGGACAGGUGCUCAUACAAGCUGCCACAGGAGACAUCCCAGCGUACCAGCUGCGUUCACCCAACUCAGGUCUGGCCCAGAGCAUCGUGAUGGCGGCCUCGCCAGGGUCCAUGCAGAACCCCCCCCAGCACACAGAGGAGGUCACCCGAAAGAGAGAGGUCCGGCUGAUGAAAAACAGGGAGGCGGCUCGCGAGUGCCGCAGGAAAAAGAAAGAGUAUGUCAAAUGUCUGGAAAACCGCGUGGCAGUGUUGGAAAACCAAAACAAGACCCUGAUUGAAGAGCUGAAAGCUCUGAAGGACAUUUACUGCCACAAAGCCGAGUAGCGGCGGUUUGCACGCGGUCGCGGGUUGAAGGCAGGGCCCGUUUACAAACUGCUACAGCCAAACAAAAAAAAACAAAAAAAAGAAAGACUAUGGAACAAAAACUGCCUGGACCGUGUUUGUUUCUCUGCUCACUCAGGCCCCGGUGUAACGUUGAAGACAGAGGUGUUGUCCCGGGGAAUUAAAAAAAAAAAAAACAGCUCGAGCUUUGCCAGUUUCUGCUCUUGUUCUUAUCUUGUUGCUCUUUGCAUGUGAAGACUCGAGUGUCGCACACACUUUGCUUGCUGUUGCGUUUGGUGCACAGGGUGAAAGCCAACCAAUCAGAGAGAGCCAGCUGAUGAAGAGGAACAGGAAGAGGACAUACAGGUGCUUCCUGCAAAACGUACCGCUCAUGUACAGAGAUUAUGAAGAAGAAAAAAAAACCCACAACGGGUCAGCCGGGUCUCUCUCUCUCUCUCGCUCUACCAGCAAGUCUCUCUGAGGUCGGACGAGGUGCACAUUAAUCUACGCAGAUCUACCACCAGCUGUAACAGUGUUUACCUGAUCAUGUCAUUUGUGUUUGAUGCUUUUUAUUCUUGGUUGUUUCAUGCAUUCCUUCAUGCAAAAAAAAACAAAAAAAACACAAUUUGGGCGAAUGAACGAACGAAGCGAUUUCCUGCAUUUGUUAACUUAGUUUCAGUUUGUGCAGGAGCGCUUGAUUUUUCAACGGCUCAUGAAGACGUAACAGAAGAAUUUAAAAUGAAAUCUCCUCAUGUUUGGCAUUUGAUGCACAUAAAUUUGAAAACAUAUUUCAAGCCGAUGUAGAGGAGAAUUAUCUGAGUCACUUAAGAGUCCAGAAUCAUCUUUACUUUAAUGCGUACAGUGAACUGAAUGUAGUUAUCUGAAGUGAUUCAAAGCACAGAUAAAGUACCAAAGUGUCAUUUUGGAGAUGAUCUAAAUUUAUAUUGUAUAAGUAUUCCACUCCACAUGUUUAUAUAUCUUCUACAUGUUUGUGUAGCUCGUCAGCUCGCUGUUGAUUCUCUUAAUUGUUUGCUUUCCUUUCAGUUAACCGACAUCAUCACAGAAUUUAAAGUUGAAUUGUUGUGCUCGUUUCUGUUGAUCAAAUGAUGGAUAUCCAUUGUGGUAUAAAACUGUAUUUGAUUAUGGCUUGAUAUUUUAAAAAUGCUCUGUUUAAAGGGUGAUGCCAAUUUCUGUCCUCUUUUUGUACGUGCGUGUUGACAAAGACGUUUUAUCUUUAAAUUAUGAUAUAUAUAUAUAUAUCAUCUCGUGUUCAUGUCUGGUGAUUUGAAAAACUCGCUUGCUUUUUCCUGUCUCUGUUUAGUCGUUGAGUUUGUUCCACUGGAUAUGUUUUUAUUGUUUGAAGGAGAUGAGUCGUAUGGCUGCCAAAAGCUCCUCCUGGUAACAGUUGGGUAUUUAAGUUGUGUUUAUAUCACUAACUCUGUAAUAAUUCAUCGUGUGGCAGUUCAAACUCGUCGUCAUGGUUUGUGUUUGCAGAGGAAACGCCCCGUUCUGUUCAGAGGGAGGUUCUGUUUUUAUUUGAUAUCAACUUUACUUCGUUUUGGCUCCAUCUUUUACCAGGUGUUUUCUUUUCAGUGUACUUCCUUGUUUGAAUUGUAAACCAAAACAUUUUUUUGUUUAUCAAAUAAAAUAUUCAAAUGGAAA